AUGGCUCGUACCCCCCUCCGUCCAGGAGUCUACGCUCCCACUAUGACCUUCUUCCAUCCCGACACGGAGGAGCUGGACACGGCCACCAUCCGUCGUCAUGCCGUGCGUCUGGCCAAGGCCGGUCUGGUUGGCCUCUGCACCAUGGGAUCCAACGGCGAGGCUGUCCAUUUGACACGCGAGGAGCGCAAGACCGUCAUCCGCGAGACGCGAUCCGCCCUUGACGAGGCCGGAUUCCAGAAUGUCCCCAUCAUCACGGGCGCCAGCGAGCAGAGCAUCCGCGGCACCAUCGAACUGUGUCGGGAGUUGGCCGACGUCGGUGCCGAGUACGCUCUGAUCGUGCCUCCAAGCUACUACCGCUACGCCGUGGGUAACGAUGACACCCUGUAUGACUAUUUCACCACCGUGGCCGAUGCCUCCCCGCUGCCUGUCAUCCUCUACAACUAUCCCGGCGCGGUAUCUGGCAUCGAUAUGGAUUCUGACCUUAUCAUUCGCAUCUCCCAACACCCCAACGUCGUGGGUACCAAGUUCACCUGUGCCAAUACGGGCAAGUUGACUCGGGUUGCUCGUGAGCUUAACGCCCUCACGCCGACAUCGCCCCUGUCACCCCCCUUGACAACGACGGCGGGGACCAAUCACCCAUAUGUGGCGUUUGGCGGCAUCGCGGACUUUACACUGCAGACCCUCGUCUCCGGGGGAUCGGCCAUUCUGGCCGGCGGAGCCAACGUCAUGCCGCGACUUUGCGUGCUCAUCUUCGACCUCUGGAGUGCCGGUCGCUUCGUCGAGGCCAUGGAGGCUCAGCGGUUGCUGAGUGCUGCCGACUGGGUCCUCACCAAGACGGCAAUUCCCGGUACCAAGAGCGCCAUCCAGACAUACUACGGAUACGGUGGGUAUCCUCGUCGGCCGCUGGGACGACUCAGCGAGGAGCAGACCCAAGCGGUGGCCGACGGGAUUCAGGAGGCGAUGGAACGGGAGAAGACGCUGCCAGAUAUUGCCUAG